AGCCAACUUCGAACUGGAUCGUCAAAGUAUAGCUGAUGCGUAUUUUCAAGGAAACUCAUUUGUUUAGGAGAAGCCUUUGGAAUCGGUUUCAUCCAUUUGAAUAUUAAGAAACUGGUAGAAAAAGUAAAAACUCACGUAGAUAGACGUCACUUUAUUGUUGUCUGAAUAAUGUUGUCUUACAUUCGUUUCUCGCCCGGAGUUGUAACGACCCAUUACACUUAGUUGCAUUAAUAGAAAUGAACAGAAGGAGGCAGCAGCACAUCACAGUUGCCUGAAUACCCACGAAGAAGAAACAAGGAAGUAGACGAAGCAUCACGUUGGUAAAAGAAAUAUCUUCAGCACUAGGAUUUCGGAAGUGUCCUGUAAGACUGCUGUAAUUUGAUGAACAAAGCAGACAUGAAGAACCGAGGUGGUGGCAUGCUGGACGGUCGGCUCAAACACAGAUUGGAACAGGUUCUAUUCUCCCUUCACAACCUCCUGUGGACAGCCUUCGACUACUUGAGGGUCCCAGCAGCUCUCACAACCCUUGUCAAGGCCUACUUCCAGGACGUCCAGCUCUGCGUGACAACUGCCGAGUACACCACAGCAUGGCAACACCUGGAAGUGGGAAUCAUGGCUGGCUGCACCAUCUCCCCGCUGGCCUUCACCAUGGCCAUGGAGGUGGUCAUCCGGGCAUCGCAAUGGGUGGUUGAAAGACAGUUAAUAAGACCUGGCCUGAGGCUGCCGCCUCGCCUAUCAGAGCCUACAUGGAUGACCUCGCAACACUCACCACAACCAAGGCUUGCACUGUACGGCUUCUAAGAAAGCUCCAAGAAAACAUUGAGCUGGCUCGCAUGAAGAUCAAGCCAAGCAAGUCCAGAAGCAUCUCUAUUGACAAGGGGAAACUGUCACACCACAGCUUUCACAUUGGUGAGGAACCUAUUCCAACAGUCUCCGAGAAGCCUGUGAAGUCCCUAGGUCGUUGGUAUGAUUCCUCCCUCAAAGACAAAGAGCAGGUAGAUCAGCUCAGGAAGGAGGUAGCCAACGGCCUGGAGAACAUCGACAGAACCCUGACAAGCUGAAGCUCUGGUGCAUGCAGUAUGGACUACUUCCACGCCUAUUGUGGCCACUAACCCUCUAUGAAGUCCCGCUCUCUAAGGUGGAAAAGCUGGAGAGACUGGUUAGCUCAUAUGCAAGGAAAUGCCUCAGCAGUAUUGGCUCUACAGCAAAGGAAUGCUAGAACUGCCCAUUUCCAGUCUUUCAGAGGAGUUCAAGUGCGCCAAAGUCAGACUGGAGAUGAUGCUACUGGAUUCAAGUGAUCCAUUUGUAGCCCAAGCUGCCCCCAUCAUGGCCACUGGGAGGAAGUGGACCCCAUUGGCUACAACUGAGCAGGCUAAAGCAGUACUCAGGCACAGAGACAUUGUGGGCCGAGUACAGCAGGGGAGGAGUGGUCUUGGCUUCAGGGCCAGUACACCAGCCUGGAGCAAGGCCACUCCAUCUCAGAGACGCGAGCUGGUGGUCCAGGAGGUACGUCGGGAAGAGGAAUUAAGAAGGUGCGCACAAGCUGUGGCGCAGGCAAAGCAAGGGCGGUGGAUGGCAUGGGAAGGAGUGGAGAAGAGGAAGAUCUCCUGGAAAGAGCUGUGGGACAUGAAGGCAUUCAGGGCGAGCUUUACCAACAGGGCUGCCUACGAUGUCCUGCCUUCUCCAAAAAAAACUCAGCCAGUGGUAUGGUAAAGACCCCACAUGCCCUCUAUGUCCGAGUCCAGCAACACUGAAGCACAUCCUGGUGGGCUGCAAUACCAGCCUCACCCAAGGCCGUUACACCUGGCGGCACAACCAUGUGUUAGUGUCUUGCAGCAGUGUCUGGAAAGUCGAGGGACAAGUGUCAAUGCCCUUCCUCCCCCGUCAUCCCGUUGGCAAGCAACAACAUUUGUCCGGGAGGGCGAGCGUCAAGCCAGCCUCACCACCACAAGACCAGACACUGGACAGCUAAGCGGGGCACGGGACUGGAAACUGCUGGCACACCUGGGCCAGAGGCUCUGCUUCCCAGUUGAGAUCGUGUCCGCCAACCUGCGGCCAGAUCUUGUUCUGUGGUCAGCCUCGCUCAGGCUCGUGUACAUUAUUGAGCUCACAGUGCCCUGGGAGAGUGCAAUGGAGGAGGCCUACGAGCGCAAGAAGCUGAGGUACACUGAGCUUGCAGCCGAUGUGCAGCAACAAGGCUGCAAAGCGUGGGUACGCCCAGUGGAAGUAGGCUGCAGAGGGUUCGUGGCCACCUCAACAUCCAGGCUCCUCAGGGAAAUGGGAGUGCGAGGGAAGACCCACCGGCAGGCAGUGAAAGACGCUGAAAAGGGGAGUCAUUGGCUGUGGGUCAAACGAAGGGACUCCACCUGGGCUUUCAAGUGAGUUGAUGGCAUCUAGGGAGUGAUCCUGGGACCCUGGGACUCACUGCUGAACCCUCUGGAGGUGUCGUGGGCCUAUCAGCGAAACACUGAGGAAGGGGGGCGCCCACUUGAUAACCCAGAGGAUGCCUUCACUCACUUGACCAUCCCACAGAGUCGCAUAGGUGUCUCAGUAUUUGGCUUCUCACACAAAUGAGCAUGUGGAUCUAUCAACUGUAGCCCUGGAACUUCAGAAACAGUAUAGAAUGGAGUAUGGCAGAAGAAACAAGAUAGCAUUUCGAAUUCAAGUCGAGAAAAUAUAUCAAGCAAUAAAAAUGGAGUCUGAACUGGAAGACUUUGAAGUAAAGCACCUGACGGAGAGAGCCAAGAUUAUCCCAAUCGAACCCAGUGACGACGACUGCAGCAGCAGUUCAGAAGAUGUAUUGGGGGCUCCAGAGAAAAGUAGCAGCAGUCACAUGAACAGCUCUCUUACUUCUCUGUACCGAAAAGGAUCCUCUAACUUGAGCACCUACUCCUCUAUUAAAGAGCCGUCUGCUACAAGUCAAACAUGUACAGGAGGUUGGUUCAUCGAUAAAGGCCAACGUCCUGCGAAGGCCGACAUCUUCGUGGACCUUAGUGAAGAUCAGCAAAUUAAGGCAGUAAAUAAAGAUGAUUCCAUGUUGGAGUCUGGGGGAUCUUACAAAAGGGCAGUCAAAAGGAAAAAGAAGUCAUCUAAAGAGCCUGAACAAGAACAAACAAAAAGAGAGAAGAAAGCAAAAUCCAACACAACGAAGCUGCAGUAUCCCACUGUAAAGUUUGAAGACGUUGGUGGUAAUGAAGGCACAUUAACGGAACUGUGCAAACUGCUCAUCCACAUGCGGCACCCAGAGAUAUUCCAGCAUCUGGGAAUGGUUCCUCCUAGGGGCUUUCUCCUCCAUGGACCUCCUGGCUGUGGAAAGACUCUACUGGCACAAGCUGUGGCAGGGGAGCUGGAACUGCCCUUGCUGAAGGUGUCUGCUCCAGAAUUGGUGUCUGGAGUUUCUGGAGAGUCUGAACAGAUGCUCAGAGAGUUGUUUGACUUUGCUGUGAGUUCAGCUCCAUGUAUCCUGUUUAUUGAUGAGAUAGAUUCCAUCACGCCAAAAAGAGAAAUGGCCUCCAAAGACAUGGAAAGAAGGAUUGUCGCCCAGCUCCUCACCUGCAUGGAUGACUUGAACAGUUUGGCAUUCACAACUCAAGUCCUGGUCAUUGGUGCUACCAACAGGCCAGACUCCCUUGACCCCGCCCUACGCCGAGCUGGACGCUUUGACAAAGAGAUAAGCCUUGGUAUCCCAGAUGAACCAGCGCGUCUCAGGAUUUUGAAGACUUUGUGUCGUCAGUUGAAGAUGCCAGAGGAUUUUGACUACGGCAGGCUGGCCCGUCUCACUCCCGGCUAUGUGGGUGCGGACCUCAUGGCACUUUGCCGCGAAGCUGCCAUGAACGCUGCCAACAGAGUUCUGUUGGUGGAAAAAGGACAGCAGGAGAGCCAAACGGAGGACCUGUUAAAAAUGGACACUGACGCAGAUGUAAUGAACAAAGAAAUCGAUGAAAACAACUGCACAUCAGCUUCUUUAACUGUACAGAACAGAAUAAACUCAGGAGUAGUGGAUGAUAAUCGGUUACUUCAGGAUGAUCCAGAACACGAACAUCUGCCGCAGGGGGACCUUUGUCGACUGAUGCAUUUGCUCAAGAGCACUGAAAUGCUGUCAGAGCAAGAGUUGACCAGCCUCUCAAUCAUCAUGUCAGACUUUGAGGCCUCUCUUUCCAGUGUUCAGCCUUCAGCCAAGCGGGAGGGCUUUGCCACUGUGCCAGAUGUCACCUGGGAUGAUGUGGGAGCCCUUCAUGAAAUAAGAGAAGAACUGACCAUGGCAAUAUUGGCUCCAGUACGUUCUCCGGAGCAGUUCAAGGCUCUAGGACUAAGUGCUCCAUCCGGAGUGUUGCUGGCUGGUCCUCCAGGAUGUGGGAAAACUUUACUUGCUAAGGCAGUGGCCAACGAGUCAGGGCUUAACUUCAUCUCUGUCAAAGGUCCCGAGUUGCUCAAUAUGUAUGUUGGAGAAAGUGAGCGGGCUGUCAGACAAAUUUUCCAAAGGGGGCGCAAUUCUGCUCCUUGUGUCAUCUUCUUCGACGAGAUUGAUGCUUUGUGUCCUCGCCGGUCAGGCCAUGAGUCAGGAGCCAGUGUGCGUGUGGUUAACCAGUUGCUCACAGAGAUGGAUGGUUUAGAAACUCGGCGACAAGUCUUCAUAAUGGCUGCAACCAACAGACCAGACAUAAUUGAUCCUGCCAUACUGAGGCCAGGUCGCCUAGAUAAAACACUGUAUGUGGGUCUGCCACCUCCUGCUGAUCGCCACGCAAUUCUGCUCACCAUUACAAAGGGAGGAACCAAACCUCAGCUGGAGCAAGAUGUCCGUCUGGAAGAGGUUGCCUUUGAUGAACGAUGUGACUGUUUUACUGGUGCCGACCUGACUGCGUUAGUGAGGGAAGCAUCUGUCAAUGCCUUGAAGGCCUACCUGAAAUCCCAGUGCACCCCACCAUCUUCCUCUGGUCACACAUUUUCUUCUGGCUUUGUAGCAGACAUAAGAGUGGGCAAACACAACUUUGAAGAGGCUUUCAAGAAGGUUCGACCUUCUGUGUCAAAAAAGGACCAGAGGAUGUAUGAGCAGCUGAAAGAGUCCCUGAGCAGAUAAGUGUCAAAUUGAAAUAAAAAAGGAUUACCUGUAGCCAUUUAUUAAUUGCUGUAUGUCCGUCCACAUUUGUAAUUGCUUUGAUAAUAAAUAGAAGUUGUCAAUUCUGACUUCAUCACUGAAAAUAACUUAAUGUUACAAAUCUAACGCUGCAUUAAACCAGGGGUUCUUAACCAUUUUGACCUAGGGCCCCAACUUUUCCUUUGCAGAGGAACCCAUGGGCCACUUGAAUAUUAACACUGAAUUAGUAAUCUUACUCUUGAUUUGAAUUGUAUUCAAUAAUUAUAUUUAACCUACUUACUGUUUAACAGGUUAAACCCUGUCAAAUGCUUUGAAAGCAUGUGUUAAUCACAAAGUUUAUUACCAGGGCUUAGGUCAGGCUGAUUACACAAAUGUCAAAUCAAACAAUCUAAUAUACUGCAAAAGAAGUGACUCAUAAAAACUGAUGAAAAUAAAUUUACAUACUACUCCAUGUUAAAGUGCUGAAAUAAAUACAUCCAUCCAUUUUCUACUGCUUGUCCCUUUCGGAUGCUGAGGCCUAUCCAAGCUGCAAUUGGGCGGAAGACGGGCUACACCCUGGACAAGUCGCCACCUCAUCACAGGGCCAACACGCACAUUCACACACUAGGGCCGAUUUAGUGUUACCAAUCAACUUAUCCCGGGUGCAUGUCUUUGGAGGUGGGAGGAAGCCGGAGUACCCGGAGGGAACCCACACAGUCACGGGGAGAAUAUGCAAACUCCAGGACCUUCAUAUUGUGAGGCACACGCACUAACCCCUGUACCACCGUGCAGAAGAAAUACAUUAUAACUAAACGAAUAAUAAAUAACAGGGGUGUGCAUCUCUACCUUUUAAUGGCGAUCCAAUAUGAAUUUCGAUACAUGGGUUACGAUACGUUUCACGAACAAUACUUUUUAAAAAAGAAAGUGAUUUUCUUUCAGUCUAUUCCUGCGCACACAAAUGACUUAGCUCGACCAAAGAUGAUGUAAGAGUUGCAAACCGGUCGCAUUGUCGUUGAGACUGCAGUCCCAUAUGAAAAGAUCAGAUUCUAGACUAUUUGGAUCAAAUCUGAUGCAAAAAGAUCAGAUUUAAGGCACUUUGGAGUGUAAGACUGGCAAAAAAUAUCGGACCUGUGCCACUUGCGUGCCAAAAAAAUCAGAUUUGGUGUCCAGUGUAAACUGAGCCAAUGGCUAUGUUUCCAUGCACUAAAUUAGUCUGAUUUCUCAAAAAGUUAGUUUAUAUUUUCACACCUACGUGUGAAGUUCAAGUGUCCAUGUACACUCUCUAAUGUGACUAUUGGUCAUACACUGUCUGUUUCCCGUACACUGGGGGGUCCUCAUUUAUUUUGAUUGCGGAUAAAUACUGUGUAUUUAUUUUCCGUUUGACCUAUGACGUCACACUAGGCGUAUGUGGCUCCUAACAAGUUAACAGCCAAACUCUGUUGUGAUGACCGCUGUAAUAUUGGCACGGAUUACAAAUAUUACGUCUCUAAUGGCUAUGUUGGUGUUAAAUAGUAGACAGCAUCAAGAAAUGAUCUUAGAUUGCACUACGAACAUGACGCUACUACCAAGAAUGUAUCAGGGCCGAUGCAGGUCCGAAGUGAAGAAAUACCGGCGGCAGAGAGUUGUUUUGAAGGAAUUUCCAGACGUCGAAUCAUGAAAACAAUGUCUCGGAGUUCAUUGAUAAUGCUCUGUGGAUCGAUGGAAGGAGUUUUAAAUCCGAAGGAAAAGACCGUUUCCAGAUGAUAUUGUUCUGGAUAUUGUUCUGGACUAUCUUGCCAUUUGUGUGGAAUACAGAGUUAUUGUUAAUAAAUUGGUAGUGCACAAAUGCAGCAUGAAGAGGUUUGUGUACUCUUUAUUAUUCCCCUUGUACUAUAUAAUACGUGCUUAAUUCUUUCAUUUAUUUUGUAUUUCUUCACGAGUCCAAAUUAAACCGGCAUUC